AUGGACUUGUGGGGAAAUGUGAAGCUUCCGCUCUAUCGCACUAUCGAAAACAGUACGUCUAAUGAGUGGAAACUGGUACCCAAUGCUACUGCCAGCAACUUUACCUACGCUUCUCUGAUUGGUAUUCCGGUCAUCGGACCACCAUCUGUUGGUUUCAGCACUUUCAACGUGGAAGCUCGACAAUGGGACCUGACGUGCUCAAGCAACGAAGGACCACGAGGCCAACCAGCGGAUUUUGCUGACCGGUAUACAUGGCAACUCUCAGUAGUUGACCACACAAAGCAGCCUUGUAAGAAGAACGAAACCGAUUGUCUGCCCCCGAAGUGUGAGGGUUACCCAUGUUCAAUUCGGAGUGAAUCUCUCGCCGACAAUGAUAAGAACGAGUUUUCAGUGGCCGAUUGUGAGCUCUCUUUUGGAAAGUACGAAGCUGGGGUGCGCUGCAAUGGGACGUCAUGUGCUGUUCAUAAGAUGAGAAAGAUGGAUUUGUUAGAUGACGACUACCCAGAAGGCUACGACGCAGCUAUCCGUAAAAUCUUCACCCCGAGCCUACUUGGGGCCAUGACUACCCUGGACAACUACAAAACCACGAUGGCGGUGUCUCGAGGCUCAACAACCAUGGAGAAAUGGAUAAUGGAUCCGUCCGACUUCGUCGGUUUAGACCUUGGGUGGCAGGAUCUUUACAAACUAUCACCACAAGUUUUCGGCGAGCGACUGACAAUCCUAUAUAACACAUUCUGGCAAUCCACUUAUGGCACCCGAGCGCUUAGUGGGAACUUACCCGCGUACAUAAUGGAGACCGCCUGGUUCAACACCACGAACUCUAACAUAACAUUCGUUGCGACCGAAGCCAAUAUAUCGCAGAAUACGGAGCCAGUCUACCGAACGAACUGGAAGUGGUUUACGGCACUAUUGAUUUGCUCGAUCAUACUACUAACUGCGGCCUACUCCGGACUCGUCCUCAAAUACACCACGCUCGUACCGGAUAUCAUCGGUUACGCAUCUUCGAUGACCCUGUUGAACCCUUAUGUUCCAACUCCUACAGGCGGAACUACGCUGAGCGGGUUGGAGAGGACAGCACUGUUGCGCGACUUUCCCGUGCGCAUAGGUGAUGUUUGCCCGAACGAGGCGGUAGGCGCAAUAGCAUUUGCAAGAGCCGACGUAGCAAGCGUGGGGAGGUUGGACAGAAAUCGAGAAUAUAUCUGA